AUGGCGGCUUCGACGCCCGCAGGUGACGGCCCUCCGCCCGUCGCAGGCACGAAGCCAGCCGCCCUUACUGGCUUAGACUUUUUGCGACGAGCUUCAGCUGCUCCCGCGUUAGUCCCGCCAUCAGCUCUAGCCGUUCCGUUCCCUUCCUCUGGCCCCGAGGCACCUACCAUCUGGACGCAGGGCGAGUGUUCGACGCAUGUCGGCGCUGCCGCUUCACCUCCUGUCGCUGCAGCAUCAACUCGUGUUGCUGCAGCGUCAACGCCCGUCGCUGCCGCAUCAACGCCUGUCGCUGCCGCAUCAACUCCUGACGCUGUUGGAUCAACACCUGCCGCUCCCGAUCCCACACGGAACCGUCAACCUGUCGCUGCCGGAACUACUCGGCAAGUUCUUCUCCCAGUUUCUAAUCUUUUGUUCCGGUGUACCUAUUCUCCCCCUACCAACAGGUUGACCUCACUGCAGUGCACUCCCAGUCCGAGGAGCUCUUGCUGCCCGUGCCCCGCGCAGCAUAGUACAGCCGCAUGGAGCCAUCCCCCAUGCACACCACAUGAGGUGCUGCCACCACUAGGUCCUCCCAUGCAUGUACCCCAUCCCCAUCCCCAUCCCCAUCCCCAUCCCCAUCCCCAUCCCCAUCCCCAUCCCCAUCCCCAUCCCCAUCCCCAUCCCCAUCCCCAUCCCCAUCCCCAUCCCUAUCCCUUUCCCUAG